GUAGAGAGCUGGACUGUGGGGCUCCUAUACAGGUGCUGAGAGCAGCUGCUUUUGACAAAGGAGACACUCAGAUGUGGACACAAGAGAUUCAGUGCAGAGGAAAUGAGUCUCAGAUUCAUAUGUGUCAAACAUCUUUCAAUAUCACACCCAAAUAUAACUGUUCUCACAAAAAUAAUGUUGGACUGCUUUGUACAGGUAUGUAUUGACCAUUUCAACAGGAAAUAUUCACUUAAUUUUGAUAGAUCUCUUCUAAUUUUUUUUUCUCUUACUGUGCACAGAAAUAAGAAAUGUGAGGUUGAUUAAUAGUAACAGUCCCUGCAGUGGGACAGUGGAGGUUCUUUACAGAGGUCAGUGGCGAACAGUGUGUGGUGAUGGUUGGGAUUUGGCUGAUGCUGCAGUGGUGUGUAGAGAGCUGGACUGUGGAGAACCUGUAGAUGCUCUGAUUGAUGCUCAUUUUGGACCAGGAUCAGGACCAAUCUGGAUGAAUAAUGCACUGUGUAUUGGAUCUGAGUCUACACUGAAAAAGUGUGGAUCUGUCACAUGGGGUUUUCAAGGUGUGUGUCAGAGCAAGAGUGCUGGAGUCAUCUGCUCAGGAGUCAGGCUGGUUGGUGGUUCUCGCUGCUCUGGGAGCUUAGAGAUACUUCAUAAUCAGACGUGGAUGUCAGUGUGUGACGCUGCCUUUGACCAGCAGGAUGCAGAGGUUGUGUGUAGAGAGCUGGACUGUGGGGCUCCUGUAAAGGUGCUGGGAGCAGCUGCUUUUGGCAAAGGAGACGCUCAGAUGUGGACACAAGAGAUUCAGUGUAGAGGAAAUGAGUCUCAGAUUCAAAUGUGUCCAGCAUCACAGAAACACAACUGCUCCCAUGAUGAUCACCAGGUGCUUCUGUGUGCUGGAUUGCGCGGAGUCCCCUACUGCACUUCGGACCACCAGACCCAUGUCUCCACCUCGGCCUGUCAGCCCGCCAGCUCCGCGCCGGCUCUGCAUCCCUUUGGCUCCACCGAGGCCCGUCUGCCCAAGGACUCCUCCGGGCACCCUCAUCCAUCCAGACAAACCUCGGUCGGUCGUCGCUCAGCUUCCGCCACGGACUUCCGGGUCUCCAGCUUCGCCUUGACCCUCCACCCCUUUGGCUUCACCAGGCUCCUCCCUUCCUCCGGUUUCCCUGUUGUCCUCGGUUGCCCCAUCUUCGUCCUGGUCAGCCGAAUCCUCGGCUCCGCCUCAGGCACGCGAGCCAGCAGCUCCGCCUUGGGCUUCCAG